AUGUUCGCUCACGUGCUCCACUUCCUCCUCGCCAUGAUCGCCCUCACACUUGCCGCACCAACAUCAAGAAACUGUCCCGUCGAAGACACACCAUGGGAUAUCCGAAAUCUAGUCGCCUUCCAAGCAGCACCCGGAGCCAACGUAGCCAGCUACAUCAAGCUACACUUCUGCGACCAGAACACAGGUCUAGAGCUAGAGACCGAGUGUUCACGGACUCUUGCCGCCGGGAGCAGCGACUCAUUAGUGGACACAGAGAAUUGGUAUCCUUGCGACAAUGCCGAUGUAAGGUUUAAGUACGGUGGCGACACAGUGUGGAUUGAGAGGGCGUUCACCAGUCCUUGUCUUGGUCCACCACCGUACGAUGGUGCGGUUGCAUAUGGAGAAGCCGGUACGAAUGUGGUUAACACGACUUCUGCGGCUGGUAAUACAUGCACGCAGGAUCACUUCGUUGUGGAGAUCACGAGUGAGAGCUCAUGA